GCCAGCUCCGUUUCCUUGUCCUGCAGCCUGGCACACGAGCACAGAGGCGCUGGCUGUCCCCACGGCUGGCUUUAGCAUUGUCCCAUCACCACAGCCCCGAAAGCCCGGGCUGGCCGAGGCCUCGCCCCCACCUGCUCCAGGCGCGCUGCCUUCGCUUCCUGCGACUUUAAAGUUCCCUCGGUGCACAAAGCAAAAGAGGGAGGAGAAAGCGUUUCAUCAUCGCUCUCGGGAGCCGACUUAUAAGAACUUGACGCUCCCGCUGCCUGGCUCACUCGCAGUCUUGGAAGGAUUUCGGCACAGCCCGUGCGCACGGCGGGGCUGCGGGCCGGGCCGGGCAGCGGAGGAAACCCACGAGUAAUCCGACAAUUCCGGGCUCCCCGGGAAGCCGUGGCGAUGGGAGUCCACCCCGAGGUUGGCAAAUCCCCCGUUGACAUCCCCAAGAGCUCCAGCACCUGCUCCAGGAGUAUCUUCUGCAACAUCAAAGUGUUUGUGCUGUGCCAUGGGCUCCUCCAGCUCUCCCAGCUCCUCUACAGCGCCAACUUCAAGAGCAGCCUCACCACCAUUGAGAAGCGCUUUGGGCUCUCCAGCCUCUCCUCGGGUUUCAUCUCCAGCUUGCACGAGAUCGGCAACGUGGUGCUCAUCAUCUUCGUCAGCUACUUCGGCAGCCGAGUGCACCGCCCGCGCGUGAUCGGUGCUGGGGGGCUGCUGCUGGCACUGGGGGCCUUCCUGGUGACCCUGCCCCACUUCCUGUCAGGCCCCUACGAGUACACUGCACUCAGCACUGGUAACAAAAGCCAGGGGCAGGUUGAGCUGUGCUAUGCAGAGAGUAGAUUUGUGUGCCCAAACACCACCCAGGACCCCCAGAAGGAGGCCAGAAGCAUGUGGGCCAUGAUGGUCAUCGCCCAGCUGCUGGCUGGGAUCGGGACCGUGCCCAUCCAGCCCUUCGGGAUAUCCUAUGUGGACGACUUUGCAGAUGCCAACAAUUCCCCGCUGUAUGUUGCCAUCCUCUUUGCUAUUGCUGUGUUCGGCCCUGCCUUUGGAUACCUGCUGGGGUCCGUGGUGCUGCGGCUCUUCGUGGAUAUCGGAAGGGUUGACACUGUGGACCUGACACCAGGUGACCAGCGGUGGAUCGGAGCAUGGUGGCUGGGGCUGCUCAUCUCCUCAGGCUGCUUGGUGCUCACUUCCAUCCCUUACUUCUUCUUCCCUCGGUACAUGGUGAAAGGACAGGAGCGGAACACGGAGGCCGGCAUGCUCAGGAAGAUGGAGACAGGGGCUGCUGAAGAGACCUCCCUGCUACAGUUUAUAAAAAGAUUCCCAAAGAUCUUCCUCAGGCUGCUGCUCAACCCCCUCUUCAUCCUCCUGGUGCUGGCUCAGUGCAGCUUCUCCUCCGUCAUUGCGGGUCUGGCCACCUUCCUCAACAAAUUCCUGGAGAAGCAGUACGGUGCUUCCCCCUCACAGGCCAACUUCCUCAUAGGAGCUGUCAACCUGCCAGCAGCGGCACUCGGGAUGCUGCUGGGAGGGAUCAUCAUGAAGCGCUUCUCCUUCUCCCUGCGUGCCAUCCCGCGCUUCGCCGUGGUCGUGCUCGUCUUCUCCAUCCUCCUCUGCCUGCCCCUUUUCUUCAUGGGCUGCUCCACAGGGCACAUCGAGGGCAUCUACCACCCCAGUACACCCAAUUCCCAGCAGCAGCUCAAGGCACGGGUUGGGUGCCAAUGCUCUAAGCAGAUCUUCCACCCUGUGUGCCGGAAAAACACCACGGAAUACAUCUCACCCUGCUUCGCUGGCUGCACCAACAGCACCACCAACCCCUCCAAUCCCAAACAGCUGAUCUACCACAACUGUUCCCUGAAUUUGAAUGAGCUGUUCUCCACCUACACAGGCUCUUGUCCAGUCAGCUGCUCCCAUAUACUCCUUCCUGCCAUAUUCCUCAUCUCCUUUGCUGCCCUGGUCGCCUGCCUGUCCCACAACCCCCUGUACAUGAUGGUGUUACGGGUGGUGAACCAGGAUGAGAAGUCAUUCGCCAUCGGAGUCCAGUUCUUACUAAUGAGACUGCUGGCCUGGCUGCCAGCCCCGGCCAUGUUUGGAGCUCUCAUUGACUCCUCCUGCAUCUACUGGCAGCAGCAGUGCAGCCAGCGCCGCUUCUGCGCCUACUACAACAACGAUUUCCUCCGAAACAGGUACCCUGGGCCCCAUCUCCGGGCAGGGGAGGGAUCCCAGCCCAGCCUGGGACCAGCUGGAAGCGCCAGCUCCAGAUGUGGCAUGUCCCUGCUCUUCUCCUGGCAGAUACCUGGGGCUGCAGGUGGGCUACAAGGUGGUGGGCACCGUGCUGCUUGCCUUCAUCAGCUGGAAGGUGAAGAGGAGCAAGGAGUACAACGUGCAGGAGAAGGCAGCGGGGCUAGUGUAGCCCCCGAGGACUGACUCGUACCCCCACCACCCACCGCCACUACUUUGUCUUGUUUGGGUUUGUUUUACUCCCCACGGGAGCGCCUCUCCCACAGCUCGGAGGGAUGCUCCGGGCCAGCCCCAUCCUGGGAAUAGCAGCUCCCAGGGGCUCCAGCUGCACUUGCCAUCACCCUGGGGAGGAGCAGCCCCCGGCCAGCUGGAGCAGGAGGCAGAGGGGGCUGGAACACAGGGACGCUGAGAAGUGCCUGCUGUGCGCCAUGGUCCCGCUCCACUGUGACAUUCCCGGCUGCGACAGGAGCAGGAGAGGUGGCUGCCAGCCCGGUGUCCCCCACCCACAGCCCCCGCAGAGGGCAGCAGGGAAACCACACAAGUGUUGGGACAAGUCAGCACAAAGGGUUUAUUGCAGAAUAUCUGGGGCUUGUUGCUCUUUUUAUUUUUUAAAUAAAGGUCACUUUUCCAACUGCU